UUUUUUUAUUCGUUAGAAAUAGAUGGAGUCAAAUCUUCCUUAAUAUAGUACAAAGGUUUUUUACAAAUAUCACAAAAUAUUUUCAGUAUUUAUGAUAUAUUAAAUUACCGAAAUAAAGAUAUACAUUUGCAGAUCUUUGAAGAACGUGGUCACUACGAAUUGUACGGUGUUAUGCUUUUUUUCUCUUUUCACCAACGGUAGUACUACGCGUAAAAAAAAACCAAUCACAACAUUGGGUUGUAUACGAUCCUUAGAAUUUUAUCAUUCAUUUGAAUUAAAGGGAUCCUUAAAUAUUGUAUUAAUCUCCGAUAUAAAUUUUACGUUACUUUCUGUGCUCGGAUUAAAAAGCUUCGAUUAAUAUAUAUAUAUAUAUAUACACAUACAUACUUCUGAAUAAAACGGAAAAAUAAUUUUACGACGUUUACAUAACGGUGUAAAAUUUUCAUUUCUUUAACGAAGAAAAUGGAGGAUUCCUUUGAAAAUAUUAAUCCCAAAUUAUACAAAAAAAUAGAUGAAAGAGAAAUUACUGCGGAAGAUGAAGAUGAAGAUAUUGUAGAUGAAUUUGAUGCACGUGAAAUUUUCGAUUUGAUUAGAAACAUCAAUGAUCCUGAACAUCCUUUGACAUUGGAAGAAUUGAAUGUGGUAGAACAAAGUCUCAUCGAAAUUGAUAAUAAAGCAAGCACAGUUCACGUAAAAUUUACUCCAACGAUACCACAUUGCAGUAUGGCAACAUUAAUUGGUUUAUCAAUUAGAGUACAAUUACUGCGAGUUCUACCUUCAAGAUUUAAAGUUAGUGUUGAAAUUACGCCAGGUACUCAUAUGUCAGAGGCAGCAGUAAAUAAGCAAUUAGCUGAUAAAGAAAGAAUAGCAGCAGCUCUUGAAAAUAAUCAUCUACUUGAAGUGAUUAAUCAAUGUAUUGGCAUAAAAUGUUAAUAUUAUCUAAAAGUUAUCUGAAGAACUAAAAUUCAUAUUUACGAGAAAGUCAUCACGUAACACCAACCGUUGUGACAAAAUAACGAAUCGAACCUUCGAAACCUCCCAAGAACCUGGUAUUCAUCGCGUAGAGUGUAGAAGAUUGAAGAUCGCUUCUUGGACAGGAUUACCCACUUUACGCCCGGGUAGCAGGUCAACCAGGGCGAAAGAUAAUGGGAUUGAGCGUUCUUCGAAAAGAACAAGAUAGUGAAGCUGUCACAGGAGAGGAACUACACCAAGUUCAGCCUUGUGUCAACGUCGUAUCGGGAUCCCUUUGAUCGUGCCGAUAAAACCUGGUUAGUACAGAAUUUUCGUGAAGACGAACACCUAGUUAGAUGAAGUCAUUUUUGCUGAGAAAGCUGACCGUCCAUUACGUAUCAGUGUUCCAUUAAUUACAAAUCGUAAUAAUUAUUUUGAUUAGGAUCUAUAACCUUGUCUGAGAUUAUAUUAUGUGACGAUUCAUUUUGAUCAAUACAAUGAUCUGAUUUGUAGUCCAUAAGACUUCGUGUUUACGUAAGUUUAAAUUUCUGAAUGAGUUCUGUUCGUUUUCUGAAAUGAUUACGCACUUUAUAUAGUGGACAAAGGAAAGUGUAAAAUUGGUAAUUGGACAUAUGAAAAUUAACAACUUUUGUACUAGACUUUUUUAAGAUAUCAUCCAUUCUUUCAUCUAUAUAUUAUAUCUAUUCAUUGUCAAUUAUAUCAUAAUUUCGUUUUAUAAAAUUAUAGUGCUUUUCACGCCAUUCAUUUUUAAUUUGCCAACGACUAAAGUAUAGAAUUAGAACUAAAGGAAUUAAUGUGAAAAGCAUAUGGAAAAAUAUGUAAUUCAGAGAAAAUAAAUUUUCAUUCGUAUGCUUUACAAAAAAUCAUUCAGAUCCCUAAAAGUGUCAUUAUAUAUAAAUCUAUAAAAUUUCUAUGACGAAUUAUAAGUUGGUAUUUUAUAUUAUGUAAUACGCGAAACAGAUCUCUAUUUAGAUUGCGUUUCUUUAUCUUUCUAAAAAUAUGAAUCUGAAUAAGCAACUGUACUCUACAAAUAAACCUCAAAGAUAGUGUGUAUUCAAAUAAAGGAAACAGACACGUGA